AUGAAAAGGAAGGGGAUUGCGUUAGAUCUUGUGGCAGUGGAAAAAACCCAGCAUGACUUGCAAUCGUAUCAAAUAAAGAAUAAUAACUGCCUUCAGUUGCGGGCAUUCUUGCUUAAUGAGUCGGGUAUGUUUACUACAGAUGGGAGGAAAAUACUUGGGAGUGUGACGAAAGAAGAUAUCGAUUGCACAUCACGCAGAAUUAUUGGCCGGGGCGCAAGCGGCACCGUUCGAUUCGCGAGGCUUAAAGACGGAACCCCCGUUGCGCUGAAGCACAUACCAAUAACAUCAAAGUUACACCGAGAUGAAGUAGAUCGGGAAUUAUCCUUCUUCAGUUCACAGUCCAACUCCCCCUUUGUCAUGAAGAAUCUGGGGGCGUUUUGGGAUUCGGAGGAAGGUGCCAUUGUGAUACCCAUGGAGUGGAUGGCUUACACCCUAAAGGAUAUGAGCUACUUCUGGGAGGGCAUAGAGGAAACCAUAUUGCGAGAUAUUUUUUUUCAGGUUGUAUCUGGUCUCGUAUACCUCCAUGACACAAAGCGCGUUAUUCAUAGGGAUCUAAAACCAAGCAAUCUGCUUAUUCGUGACGACGGAUAUGUUAAGAUUAGUGACUUUGGGGUUUCGAAGCUGGUGCAAACGCUUGAUGUAUCUUCAACCUACGUAGGGACAAUGUAUUUUAUGGCCCCCGAACGCCUGGAGCAAACCGUUUACAGCUUCAGUAGUGAUAUAUGGUCUCUGGGUCUUACAGUGAUCGCCACGGUGACGGGGAAGAACCCGUGGGCUCCCCCAGAUGAGAUGAACUUGUUCCAGCUGCUAGGGAAAAUAGCGGGUGAAACUACCCCAUCCUUACCGGAAAAGCCGGUGUACUCUGAAGAAGCCCGAGAUUUCAUCAAGAAAUGUCUCGUUCGGGAUCCACAGGAACGACCAUCAGCCGCCGAGUUAUUGAAACACCCCUUCUUUGAAGGCUGUACUGAAGAACUGGCCGUUAAAAAUGUCAAAAUGGCCGUAGAGCAUAUGACUCACCUUAUCAACAAUGAUGCAAAGAAAACAGAGGACCUGAAGCGCAGCCAAGAAGACGUCGCAAAGGAAGUGAACAUAAAAUUGGAAAUGCUAGGUGUUCUGUAG